UUGUCGCCACCCUUGUCUCUCCGUCCCUCUGGAACUCUUCUCCAACUUUCUAGACCCUGCUCGGCCAUGUCCAUGCAGCAGGAUCGGCGUCCCGUUUAUAUAGCCAUGGCUUCUCCAUCGAAACCUCACCGCCCAUGUAAGCACCUCCUGCCAUGGCGACCGUGUUCAUCACCAACCCGCGGUGCUCCCCGUCGUUGCCUCUCAUCAAGAAGAGCAACGUGGGACACCCAUUUGGCCAGCGUGCCCGGAUACCCUCUUCUCUCUCGUCCAGGCCCAGCUCCUCCGUGCGGCCGCUCAAGUCGUCCGCCGGAGACGACCGCGAGAACGAGCCCGCCAGCUCUUCUUCUGUAGCCGCGGUGUCCGAAAGGCCGGGGCGCGAGGAUGCAGACGCGGAGGCGACCGAGACGUCGGGAGAGAGCGAGGAGGAGGAGAGGGAGAGGGAGAAGCAGCAGGAAAUGGACUGGAAGAGCGACGAGGAGUUCAAGAGGUUCAUGGGCAAUCCUUCCAUAGAGGCCGCGAUAAAGCUGGAAAAGAAGAGGGCUGACAGGAAGCUCAAGGAGCUGGACAGAGAGAGCAGCGACAACCCGAUCGUGGGGCUGUUCAAUCGGAUCGCGCGAGAUAGUUUGGCCAAGGAGAGGGAGAGAUUGGAGAAAGCUGAGGAGGCCUUCAAAGCUCUUGAUCUUAAUAAGUUGAGGAGCUGUUUUGGCUUCGAUACGUUCUUUGCAACUGAUGUUCGGAGGUUCGGAGAUGGGGGCAUUUUCAUUGGUAAUCUAAGGAGGCCCAUUGACGAGGUCAUUCCUAAACUGGAGAGCAAGCUGUCUGAGGCAGCAGGUCGGGAGGUAGUCGUGUGGUUCAUGGAGGAGAAGGCAGAUGACAUUACUAAACAGGCUUGUGUGGUGCAACCAAAAGCAGAGAUGGAUCUGCAGUUUGAAUCUACCAGGCUUAGCACUCCCUGGGGAUAUGUUAGCGCAGUAGCAUUGUGCGUGACAACUUUUGGGACCAUAGCUCUAAUGAGCGGCUUCUUCCUCAAACCAGAUGCUACUUUUGAUGAUUACCUCUCAAAUGUUGUCCCUCUUUUCAGUGGUUUCAUUUCCAUUCUGGGAGUUUCUGAGAUAGCCACGAGAGUCACAGCAGCUCGAUAUGGUGUGAAACUGAGCCCGUCGUUUCUAGUCCCAUCAAAUUGGACGGGGUGCUUGGGAGUCAUGAAUAACUAUGAGUCCCUGCUACCGAAUAAAAAGGCACUUUUUGACAUUCCGGUGGCCCGUACGGCCAGCGCUUAUCUGACAUCACUAGCAAUCACAAUUGCAGCAUUUGUGGCUGACGGCAGCUUCAACGGUGGUGACAAUGCACUAUAUAUAAGGCCACAGUUUUUCUUUAACAACCCAUUGCUCUCUUUUAUCCAAUUCGUCAUUGGACCUUAUACCGAUGACCUGGGUAAUGUGUUGCCCUAUGCUGUGGAAGGUGUUGGCGUUCCUGUCGAUCCCCUUGCUUUUGCUGGACUUCUUGGCAUGGUGGUGACUUCCCUAAACCUGUUGCCGUGCGGAAGACUCGAGGGAGGCCGCAUCGCUCAAGCCAUGUUCGGCAGAAGCACGGCCACUUUGCUAUCCUUCGCCACUUCACUUUUACUCGGCAUUGGAGGACUCAGCGGCAGCGUCCUGUGCCUAGCCUGGGGACUCUUCGCCACCUUCUUCCGGGGUGGAGAGGAAAUACCUGCUAAGGAUGAGAUCACGCCCUUGGGAGACGAUAGGUUUGCCUGGGGGAUCAUCCUCGGCCUCAUCUGCUUCCUCACCCUCUUCCCCAACGUCGGAGGGACAUUUUCGAGCUCAUUCUUUGAGUCGCCGUUCUUCAGGAGUGACUUUUGAAAGGGCCAUGAUAGAUCCAGAGGCAGUGGAUUGAGUGUGUGAUUAUUACAGUAAUACUAAGAGAGACGGAUGCAGGAUCAUCAUGUAGGAGACCUAAAGUGUUGUGUAGAUUGUGAUGUUAAUGAAAUGGCAAGGAGUAAUAGCAGCUCACUGAUAAUUGUACAGUUCAUCUUCUAUACGAACUGUUGCAGUUGUGCAAGCAUAGUUUGUUGGCAAUUUCUUUGAUUAAUUGGAUUAUGAAGUUUUAUAUGCGAGCUCCACAAUUGCAUUCCUUA